AUGGAGCCCAGGGCCGGGAGCGAGAAGGAGAGCGACGGAAGCGCGGCGGCGGGGCAGGGCGCGAUUCGGGUCCUGGUGCCGAGGCCGCCCUCCAUUGAGGAGUUCACCAUUGUGAAGCCCAUUAGCCGGGGUGCCUUCGGGAAAGUGUACCUGGGGCAAAAAGGCGGCAGAUUGUACGCAGUGAAGGUUGUCAAAAAAGCAGACAUGAUCAACAAAAACAUGACUCACCAGGUACAAGCUGAGAGAGAUGCACUGGCACUAAGCAAAAGUCCUUUCAUUGUCCAUUUGUACUACUCCCUGCAGUCGGCAAGCAAUGUCUACCUGGUGAUGGAAUAUCUUAUUGGUGGAGAUGUGAAGUCUCUCCUACAUAUAUAUGGUUAUUUUGAUGAAGAAAUGGCUGUGAAAUAUAUUUCUGAAGUAGCAUUGGCUCUAGAUUACCUUCAUAGACAUGGAAUCAUCCAUAGGGAUUUGAAACCAGACAAUAUGCUUAUUUCCAAUGAGGGUCAUAUUAAACUGACAGAUUUUGGCCUUUCCAAAGUUACUUUAAAUAGAGAUAUCAAUAUGAUGGAUAUCCUUACUACACCCUCAAUGGCAAAACCUACACAAGACUAUUCAAGAACCCCAGGACAAGUACUAUCUCUUAUCAGCUCUUUGGGAUUUUACACACCAGUUGGAGAAAACAUUCAAGACUCUGUAGAUAUUGUUUCAAGCCAUGUAUCUGAAACAUCACAGCUUUCUCAAGGAUUAAUUUGUCCUAUGUCAACAGAUGAAAAGGACAUUACUCCUCAUUCUAGCAAAUUACUAAACUCAUGUCUUGAAACCAUUGCCUCCAGCCCAGGAAUGCCAGUGAAGUGUCUCACUUGUAAUCUACUCCAGUCUCGGAAAAGGCUGGCUACUUCCAGUGCUAGCAGCCAGUCCCACACCUUCAUAUCCAGCGUGGAAUCAGAGUGUCAUAGCAGUCCCAAAUGGGAAAAGGAUUAUCAGGAAAGUGAUGAGGCCUUGGGCUCAACAAUGAUGAGUUUAAAUGCAACUGACAAGGCGUUAGGUACAAAAUUUACCAAAAGUUUCAAUGAAAAGGAUCUCAAGUUAGCCCUCUCUCCCAUUCAUACCAACAGUAGCAUUCCUAUCACUGGAGACUCUUAUGUAAAAGUUGCUAAAAAAUGCUUCUCUGGGAAAACUUCUUGGGAAGGAAGAGAACUGGAUGUAAGUGACACUAAUGUGGUCCCUGACACAAGACAGUCUGGAUUUCCUGAGUCGAGUCAGCUGGCUGUGGAUUCUGGCAAUAGGACCGAAGAGCACCUUGAAAAGAAAGGUUUAAAAAGAAAUUUUGAGUUAGUUGAUUCCAGUCCUUGUCAGAAAAUUACACAGAAUAAAAAAAAUUGUUUAGAGAUUAAUCAAAGUAAUGAAAUGAUGGAUUGUUUUGCAAAUCGAAGUACAGGCUUAACAGCAGAAGUCCAGGACCUUAAGCUAGCAAUAUACAGAAGUCAGCAAAAUGACUGUGAUAAUAAGGAGAACACUGUCAAUUCUGUUAUUGAUAAACAGCAAACCCCAGAAAACUCACCUAUCCCAGUGAUAGCAAAAAACCUUCUGUGCGAACUAGAUGAAGAUUGUGAAAACAGUAAGAAGGACUACUUAAGUUCUAGUUUUCUAUGUUCUGAUGAUGAUAGAGCUCCUAAAAGCAUAUGCAUGGACUCUGAUUCGUCGUUUCCUGGAAUUUCUAUAACAGAAAGUCCAGUGGAAAGGCAGUCUUUAGAUCCAGGUAAAAGCAUCAAAGAAUCCUCUUUUGAAGAAUCAAAUAUUGAAGACCUACUGAUUGUAUCACCACGCUGCCAAGCAAAUAUGUUGCCAAAAGGUGAUGAGAAUCCUGAUGUCCAAGACAGUAACCAAAAAAUGUUAGCUCCUUCUUCAGAGGUGUUGAAAGCAUUAACCUUCUCCAAGAGAAGCGCUGUAGCUUUUCGAAGUUUUAACAGUCAUAUUAAUGCAUCCAAUAACUCAGAACCAUCCAAAAUGAGCAUUACUUCCUUAGAUGCAAUGGAAAUUUCAUGUGUUUAUAGUGGUUCAUAUCCCAUGGCUGUAACCCCUACUCAAAAAGGAAGAGCCUGUAUGCCUUAUCAGACCCCAAAUGAGGCCAAGUCAGGAACUCCAUACCGAACCCCAAAGAGUGUGAGAAGAGGGGCAGCCCCAGUGGACGAUGGGCGGAUUCUAGGAACCCCAGACUACCUCGCGCCUGAACUGUUACUAGGCAGGGCCCACGGUCCUGCAGUAGACUGGUGGGCACUUGGAGUUUGCUUGUUUGAGUUUCUAACAGGAAUUCCCCCUUUCAAUGAUGAAACUCCACAACAAGUAUUCCAGAAUAUUCUGAAAAGAGAUAUCCCUUGGCCAGAAGGUGAAGAAAAGUUAUCUGAUAAUGCUCAAAGUGCAGUAGAUAUACUUUUAACCAUUGAUGAUACAAAGAGAGCUGGAAUGAAACAGCUGAAACAUCAUCCCCUCUUCAGCGAUGUGGACUGGGAGAAUCUGCAGCACCAAACGAUGCCGUUCAUACCCCAACCAGAUGAUGAAACAGACACAUCCUAUUUUGAUGCCAGGAAUCAUGCCCAGCACUUGACUGUGUCUGGAUUUAGUUUAUAGCACAUGCACUGUUCUUCUAAUCCAGCCUGUUGUGAUAAAAUGAGCUUGAACAAUUACAUAUUCCUUAAUGCUAGACUGACCUGGGAGCGGGGAAAGGGCUCUGAGUCAUUACUUGACCUGAGUCAUUGAGCUCUUAAUGUAUGUAACAGCUACCACAGACUUAAUAGGCUAUAAAGAAUAUAAUCUAUACCUUAUCUUAAUCUCAGAACUGUAUAUAGAUUUUCAUUUUAUUUAUUUUGUUUACUGCACUUUAUGAAAAUUAAUGCACAAUAAAAGUCAGAAUGACACUAUCACUUUAGAAAGAGAGUGCACACAUGAAUGCACUAAAUAUUCUUUCUCAUCUGUUGGUUUCUGUCCAUCAGAAAUGCUUCAGUUAUGGAAUUGUUUGGUGUUAAAAUAAUAAAAACCUCCUAAAGUUGCAUUUGAAUGUAAUUUAUUUGCACAUGAUUAUUUUCAAAAGCUGUGCUCUCAAGCACAAUCAUUUAAGACCACAUUUGUGGUAAUACAUUUAAAUCCUCAAAAAUGCAGCCAGAAAAUUCCUUCACUCAUGUAUAUCCUUUGGUGGAAUUAACAAUAAACAAAAGGGACUAAAUGUGUUUUAGCUUGCUUUAUUGUAGAUAUAGUUAAAUAUUUCUAUUUUUAUUGCUUCUGGUCCUUGCUCUACAAUACAUAUUUGUUUCAAAUAUUACUGGAAAGCUUAGGUGUGAUAUUAUAUAAUAGCAAUUUUAAUAGAUUGUUCAAUUUUAAUAGAAAAUGUGAUGUUUUAUAUCGUAAAGCAAU